AUGGCAGCACCUCAAGUAAUUGUGGUCGGUGGUGGCCUCUCCGGCCUCAGUGCCGCCCACACCGUCUACCUCAACGGCGGUAACGUCGUCGUUUUGGAUAAGCAGGCCUUCUUCGGUGGUAACUCCACCAAGGCCACUUCCGGUAUCAACGGUGCCCUCACCCGCACCCAGACCGACCUCGGCAUUCAGGACAGCGUCAAGCAGUUCUACGAUGAUACCCUCAAGUCGGCUCGUGACAAGGCCCGUCCCGAGCUGAUCAAGGUCCUGACCUACAAGUCCGCUGCCGCCGUUGAGUGGCUGCAGGAUGUCUUCAACCUCGAUCUCACCCUCGUCUCCCGUCUCGGUGGCCACACUCACCCCCGUACCCACCGUGGUCACGAUGCCAAAUUCCCCGGUAUGGCCAUCACCUACGCCCUGAUGGUGCGAUUGGAAGAACUCGCCACCAAGGAGCCCGGUCGUGUCCAGAUCAUCAAGAAGGCCAACGUCACCUCCGUCAACAAGUCCGGCAACCACGUUACCGGUGUCACCUACACUGUCAACGGUGAGGAGAAGUCCAUCGACGGUGUCGUCGUCCUGGCGACCGGUGGUUACGCUGCCGACUUCAGCGAGACCUCCCUCUUGAAGAAGCACCGCCCCGACACCUACGGCCUCUCCUCCACCAACGGCACUCACGCUACCGGUGACGGUCAGAAGAUGCUGAUGGCCAUCGGUGCCAACGGCAUUGACAUGGACAAGGUCCAGGUUCACCCCACUGGUCUCGUCGACCCCAAGGACCCCAACGCCAAGUUCAAGUUCUUGGCUGCUGAGGCCCUCCGCGGUGAGGGUGGUCUCCUCCUGAACUCCGACGGCCAGCGCUUCUCCGACGAGCUCGGCCACCGUGAUUACGUGUCCGGUAAGAUGUGGGAGGAGAAGGAGAAGGGCAAGUGGCCCAUCCGCCUUGUCCUCAACAGCAAGGCCUCCAACGUCCUCGACUUCCACACCCGUCACUACUCCGGCCGUGGCCUGAUGAAGAAGAUGACCGGUGCCGAGCUCGUCGCCGAAAUUGGCUGCGGCGAAGCCGCCCUCAAGAAGACCUUCGAUGAGUACAAUCUCAUCGCCGAGGGCAAGAAGAAGGACCCCUGGAACAAGCGCUUCUUCCACAACAUGCCCUUCAGCCUGGACGACGAGUUCCACGUCGCCCUCAUGGAGCCCGUCCUCCACUUCACCAUGGGCGGUAUCGAGAUCAACGAGCACGCCCAGGUCCUCAACGCCGAGAAGAAGCCCUUCGAAGGCCUCUACGCCUGCGGUGAAUUGGCCGGUGGUGUCCACGGUGCCAACCGUCUCGGCGGCUCCUCCCUGCUCGGCUGUGUCGUCUACGGCCGUGUCGCCGGUGACUCCGCCUCCCAACACCUGUUCCAGAAGCUCAUCACCUCCGGCUCCUCCGCCGCCACUUCCCGUCUCGGCCAGAUCUCCCUGCACAUCGAUCCCACCACCCCCGGCAAGUUCUCCGUCGAGUGGGGCGGUGCCGCCCCCGGCGGCAGCCUGCCUGCCCUCGCCGCUCCCGCCGACACCCCCGCUGCGGCUGCUUCCGGUGCCGCUGCCACCACCGAGGAGGCCGUCGCCAAGCCCGACCCGGCCAACUUCAAGAUCCCGGAGACCGAGUACACCAUGGAGGAAGUCGCCAAGCACAACAAGAAGGAGGACCUCUGGAUCGUCGUCAAGGGCGUCAUCCUCGAUGUCACCAACUGGCUCGAUGAGCACCCUGGUGGCGCUAACGCCCUGUUCAACUUCAUGGGCCGCGAUGCUACCGAGGAGUUCGCUAUGCUCCACGAUGACGAGGUCAUUCCUAAGUACGCUGGUCACAUUGUCAUUGGCCGUGUCAAGGGCCAGACCCCCAGCCUGGAGCUGUAA